UCCAAAGGAAUGAAGCCCACAGGAGAAGAACGUUCUUCCUAACAAGAUGGCCAACAUCCCAUAAUGGAAGCCUUUGACAAUUCGUCCUCCAAGAACCUCUGCCUCAAAGCAUCCAACGUGACCUCCUCCCCGGUCCUCAACAUCCCCUACUUCCUCUGUGAGAACCUGACCUCUUUGCUCUCCAUUGUGGGCAACCUUUUCAUCUGCGCUGUCAUCUUGCAGAACCGGAAGCUACGUGCCGUUGUCACCAACUACUUCCUGGUCUCCUUGGCCAUGGCGGACUUCCUGGUGGGGGCCGUGGCCAUCCCUUGCGCUCAGUUCACCGAGUUGGGUUUGCCACGACACAGGCCACACCUGUGCCUCUGGAUGCUCUGCACGCUGUUGGUGUUUACUCAAGCCUCUGUCUUUGGCCUGUUGGCCAUCGCCGUGGAGAGGUACAUCUCCAUCCUGAGGCCUUUCCAGUAUAAGUCCCUGAUGAGUCCUCGCAACUCACUCUUGGUGAUCAUGGCCUGCUGGGUCCUGGCCAUCGUGAUCGGCCUCCUGCCCCUGAUGGGGUGGCACAACCCACUGCCGGAGAGUGGGGAAUGCUUAUUCAACAGCAUCAUCAAGAACACCUACAUGGUCUACUUCAACUUCAUGGCCUGCAUGCUGGGCCCUUUGUCGGUCAUGAUGGUGCUGUAUGGGCGGAUCUUCUUGGAGGUCAAGCGCCAGAUCCGGAAGGUGGCCGAAGGAGAGGUGGACGUCAGCGCUCAAGAGCGGCGCCGCAUCAUUGUCCGCAAGGAGCUGCAGACAGCCACCUCGCUCUUCAUUGUGGUCUUCUGCUUCAUCGCCUGUUGGUUCCCAGUCCACAUCCUCAACACCAUCAUGCUCGUCUGUCCCUCCUGCUACAUCCCCAGCCAGGUUGUGUUGAGCACCAUCAUUCUCUCCCACGUCAAUUCUACCAUCAACCCCGUGAUCUACGUCUUCCGCAUGAGAUCCUUCCGGAAAGCCUUCGAAAGCGCCUGGUCUUGCAUCUGUCUGUCCACCACCGUGGGGGUGCUUUCGGGAUCCGAUACCAUACCGUCCAACGCGUCGGAAAGCCCAAUCUUUCGGAAUACCUCUCUGCCAGGGAACUGACUUCCAUGAUGUCUGGAUGUAAGUUUCCAGUUGAGAGAAUCCAUAACAUUCACCAAAGCUGAAAAACACAGGAGGAUUUGGUGUCCCUGAUCUGAGAUUAUAUCACGAGGCUAGCACUCUUUAUUGGAUUAAAGACUGGAUUAAAUUGGAGAAGAAAAACUUAUUAAUAUUGGAAGGUCAUGACUUAAGGAGUGGAUGGCAUGGGUACCUAUGGUACGAAAAGUCAAAAAUGGAAAAACAAUUCGGAAAUCACUAUAUCAGGUCAGCCCUUUUCAGAACCUGGGAAAAAUACAAAAAAUAUUUUCAUUCCAAAACUCCGAUCUGGUUAUCACCAUUAGAAGCCAACCACAGAAGGCUAAUGGGCUGGUUAAAAUGGCCCACAUACCCUGUUUCCCCUAAAAUAAGACAUCCCCAGAAAAUAAGACCUAGUAGAGGUUUUGCUGAAUUGCUAAAUAUAAGGCCUCCCCCGAAAGUAAGACCUAGCAAAGUUUUUGUUUGGAAGCAUGCCCGCUAAACAGAACACCAGAAUAUGCAAGAUCAGUAAAUGUACGCACCAUAGAGUGUUGUACAUGGAAAUAAUGGUAGUAACAAUAAAUUCUUGGUAGGAUUCACAGUUUGUCUGGUUAUGCUGGUUUGUGAUGACAACCACUGUACAGUAUAUAAUAAAUGUUCUUUUUUUUUUUGUUCAACAAUAAAUGUGAAUUCUUCUUCAUGGAAAAAUAAGACAUCUCCUAAAAAUAAGACCUAGAGCAUCUUUGGGGUCAAAAAUUAAUAUAAGACACUGUCUUAUUUUUGGGGAAACACAGUACAAAGAAAUUUUGUUGGUUGAAACAGGGAAUUUGGGAACACCUAAAUUAAAAGAGCUGGAUGAAAUCCAAAGGAUAAAUAAGA